GAAACGGAGCGCGUCUGUCUGCUUGAACACUGCUACCAUCCUUCUUGUCCCAUCAAUUCCUGCAACAGCUCCCUUUACGAUGAGUGACAACGCUGAGUACAAAGAGGCCUUCGCACUCUUCGACAAGAAGGGGACGGGUGCAGUACCCAGAGAGACCCUGGGCGACCUUUUACGUGCCCUUGGGCAAAACCCUACGCAAGCCGAGGUUGCUGAGAUCGUAGCUAGCGCCCCUCGAGAAGUGGACUAUAAGACAUUUCUCACGAUUUUGAACCGCCCAGACGGCUUCAAGCCCGCAGGUACACCAGAGGAGUUCAUUCGCGGCUUCCAGGUGUUCGACAAGGAGGGCAACGGGUUCAUCGGUGCGGGCGAGCUGCGGUACGUGCUCACACAGCUCGGGGAGAAGAUGACGGACGAGGAGGUCGACGAGCUGCUCAAGGGGGUGCAGAUCGGCGCCGAUGGGAACGUGAACUACGAGUCCUUUGUGCGGACAAUCCUGAGUCAGUAGGCGAUGCGCCAUAGACGGUAGCAGGAGCAGCUCGGUGUCAGGUUGCACAAUUAAUUACUAAUGUAUGUACGACGACGAUGAUACCCAUUCUUAUGACAACGACAGUCUCCAAGUCCACAGUGGGUACGAAAGACGCGUACAUUACAAGUCAAACAGCUAGCAUGACGGGUAGCACCUGCUACGCCUGCGGGGGAUGGAUGCAUCGAGUCAUGAGUAUUGAGAGAACGCAAUAAACACCUAAAGUCCCGUCUAGUAAUUCUACUCCUCGUCGCUCUCCUCUGUAUCAUACCCGUCCUCCCCAGGACUGUCGUCCGCACACCUCUCCACGACGAGCUGUGCGCCGCCUUUGAGCCCCUCCACGUCGGCGAUGCUCCUGUCGGGCAGCCACUCUAUCUCGCGCCGGGGGUACGUGAGCGCAAGCUUGAACCCCCACCAUUUGUCCGGAUCCCCGCCGAGCAAAUCGAUCUGUUCGCGCACGUCUGUUUCCCCGAACGCAUCCUCUCCCGAAUACGAGCGCGCGUCCGUAUCCACGCCGCCCAUCAACACCUCCGCGUCGACGUAUGCGUAGAGCACAGUGAGACUCGCGGCGGGGUCGAGGACGACCACCUUCCUCGCGCCGCUCGGGCUCCUCACCGCGACCCUCACGCCGUCCUUCACCGGAUCCACCAAUUUCCUCACCCACCUCCUCUGCCUCCUCCUUACCGCCUCCCGCUUCUCGCGCCUGAACGCCUCCGCCUCGCGCUCCUCCAUGCGCCUUCUCUCCUCCUCCCUUUUCCUCCUUUCCUCCUCCAUCCGCGCCUG